AAACUGUUCUGAUGAAGAAGUUAUGUUUGGUUUUAUGAAUGGACGAAAUUGAUAACAUCAAGUUGGUACUGUGUUGUAUUUUGCAGUCAAUUGUGGCGACUAAUAAGCGGAGGAGCGAGGGACCAAUAAAAUGGUAUAUUAUACUUGAUAGUUUUUUUUUCUUCUUUUUUUUUUUUUUGUUUUGUUUUUUUUCAUACAGAUGUUGAGACUAAUCUAGCUAACUCUCCGUAAUACCUCAUUCAGGGAAACUCUCCCAUGAGCGGUGUUCGGAGAUUAGCAACGCGGUUAUUAAAUUCUAUAUCUUUCAUAUGCCGAUCAAAAGAUGUGAAGGCUAAUCUCCCAGUGAAGACUAACCCUCUAGGGAUCCUCUUACUAGUAGGAGCUCCCUCAUCAUACAUAUUUGUUGAUAAACUCAUCUGAAUGAGAUUCUUCAAGAUGGCUGUAGCAAUUGACCAACAUAAUUAUGGUUUCAAGCUAUUUGGCCGACCACCAAGAUGCAAACUCCAAUCUUACUCUCAACUUGAUUUUUCCACAACUGAAUUAACCCAAACAAAUCUCACAUAUUCACAUGAACAUGCUGCUCUUGACUUUCCCAACAUCCACAAAAGUUACUCCACCCCUUGCCUAUCUCUUUCCACAAAACUGCAGGAAGAUAAUGAUCUUGAGACUAAUCCAAGAAUUGAAAUCAUAGCUGGCCAUGGAGCUCCGCAGGUGCAUGCUCUAGUUGUUGAGGCUGCCAUAAUCCUGGCAUCUGGAAUCAAUCCUGAGCCAGUAUCAAGUGGCCUAGGUGGUGCUUACUUCCUACAAACCAGUAACGGCAUUAGAAUAGCUGUGGCAAAACCAAUUGAUGAGGAGCCUCUGGCUGUCAAUAACCCAAAAGGCUUUGGUGGUAGGAUGCUGGGUCAACCUGGCCUAAAGCCCUCCAUCAGGGUAGGUGAAACUGGUUUUCGAGAAUUGGCUGCUUACCUUCUUGACCAUGGUGGAUUUGCUGGUGUUCCCCCAACAGCACUUGUCAAGAUUUCUCAUGUUGCAUUCAAUGUGAAUGGUUCUGAAACGAUGUUUUCUCCACCUUACAAGAUUGCCUCGCUUCAACGCUUUGUGGACCAUGAUUCUGAUGCAGGGGACAUGGGACCUUCAUGCUUUUCAGUUGCCUCAGUUCACAGCAUUGGGAUUUUAGACAUAAGACUUCUUAACCUUGACAGACAUGCUGGAAACAUUCUAUUGAAACAAAGGCAUCAUGCUGUUGAAUCAACAAAGCUUGUCCCUAUUGACCAUGGACUUUGCUUGCCAGAAUCACUUGAUGAUCCAUAUUUUGAGUGGCUGCACUGGCCUCAGGCCUCCAUACCAUUUUCAGAGUCUGAAAUUGAGUACAUUUCUAGUCUUGACCCAUUCAAAGAUGCAGAUCUUAUAAGAACGCGGCUUCCUUCCAUUAGGGAAUCAUCUGUUCGAGUUCUUGUAGUUUGCACCAUCUUCUUGAAGUCUGCUGCUGCUUCUGGGCUGUGUCUUGCUGAUAUAGGCAAAAUGAUGACUCGAGAGUUCUGUGGAGGAGAAGAAAGAUGGAGUGCUUUAGAGACUCUUUGUUCAAAUGCAAAGGCUAGCUUGGAAACCAAAGUUAUUGAUAUUGACAUCAACAUUGAUCAAGAUAUACAUGAAGAAAUCAAUGAGGUUUUUCAGUUUGAUGUUGAAUCUGAAAGAGUCACCAUUGAAGGCUCAAACUGUCCUAAAACCUCACGGAGCUCUCUAAUGAGUGAUAAGCCACCAAAAAUUCCAAGGUUUUCAUCACUAGGGUCAAAGAACUCAUUGGAUGAUACUAUGUUAAACUUCCUGUGUCCAAAAAACGUUUGUGAUGAUGAUGUGAACAAUAGCGAUAUGGAUGGUGAUGGUACCGGAAAGGAUGAUUGUGAUUCAAGUGAGAAUAUGAAGGGUAGUGGGUUGAUGAAGAGCAAGAGCUACUCUGCAGCAGGAACAUACAAGACUGACUGUGGAGGGAUUUGUUUUGGUGAGAUGAGUGGUAAGGAAUGGUAUUUGUUCUUGGAGGUUUUUGAGAAGCUCUUGCCAGAGGCUUUUGAAGCCAGAAAGUGUGGUGGCUUGUCAAAGCAAAGGUUGGGAUCUUCAUACUAA